UUUGUGUUUUAGAUGAUAUAUUAUAGCAUUUGGAAAGUUUGGGUGCUAGAUUAUGGCGUUUUAAAGUUUGGAUACUAGGCACUCGGUCUAAGACGGCCUGUGUUAUCCAUGUUUCGUGAAAUCUAAACAACACCAGGCCGUCAGACAUGUUUGAUUGGUUUAGUAGGAAAAUACAACCCGGCCGUCACACAUGUUUGGUCAAAUCCAAGUGAUUUAUACAGAACGCAGAAGACGGCCUGUGUUAUCUUGGCUUUGCACUUUGCUAGGACACUGGACACCCUCACCCACCAUCGCGACUCUUCUCGUUCUCGGUAUGUUGUUUGUCUUUCUUCAGCCGAAACAACACCAGGCUGUUGCUAUCGUCUCUCCUCUUAUUAGGGUCAGGAAAUGCAGUAGCAGCAGAAGCAGCUGUGGAGGGGUGUCAAUGGACUGGAUUCGGGUUGGACCCCGUCCAAACCAUCUGAGGACUGAGGAUCGAUUGAAGUUACUUCGUACUCCAACUUAGGGUUUCUCUCUGAGUGAACUCUCUCCGACGGUUCUCUCACCGGCAAGUCGGCGAUUAUCUCUGUCCGUUUGGUUGAGCUGCGUGUACAGAGCGGUUAUCUUUGAGCAUUUCACAACAUUUCUCACCGGCGAACUCUCUCUACUUCCGUAUGAUUCAUCAUUGUUUAUAAAAGUGAUAAAAACCUCAACGAUUUUAUUUUCCCCCGGCAUCUAUCUCUCUCCGUCAGCUUUCUCUCUAGCGUUUUUCUUUCCGGCAGUUUUCUCUCUCCAACGGCCAUCUCUCUUUUGUGAACUGCAAUCAAUUGUUGAAUAGGUCAAAUAAGCUGAGAGGAGUGUAAUCACAGAAUCAUGUGACUCUAACAUGGCUUUCGGUCAAAGAACCUCCCGUUGUUGUCUCCUCUCCAUGUCUCCCGCGAAACUACAAGCGUUGGCACUUGCAACAGUUGUGCCAUUUGAGCUUGUGGCGUCAACCUUUAAAUUUCUUAAGGAAUAUUGUUCAUUAAUGAUGCCUCUAGAUUACCCUGACGAAAAUAACAACCUUUCCAGCAUUUCUUCUGACUCAUUCUAUGCUUUUCUCUUGGAUAAUUUGACCCACAAGAAGCAUCUGGUUCAGAUUCAUGCUCAGCUCAUUGUGGCGGGUUUUCAAAACAGCAACUACUUGGCAACCAAAUUUGUUCAUGCAAGCUCUAAUGCUGGGGAAAUUCACUACGCUCGUUCCUUGUUUGAAGAAAUUCCUGAACCAAAUGUUUUUCUGUGGAAUGCAAUAGUCAGGGGGUACUCCCAGAACAAUUUGUUCAGUGAUGCUCUUGAAAUGUAUUCGAGAAUGCAGGUGGAACGAAUGAACCCUGAUAGGUUCACUUUUCCUUAUGUGCUCAAAGCUUGUAGCAGCCUCUCAGACCUCAGAAUGGGUUUUAGGAUUCAUGCUCAGAUAUUCAGGCAUGGGUUUGAGUCAGAUGUGUUUGUGCAGAAUGGUUUGGUGGCGCUUUAUGCCAAAUGCGGGGAAAUCAGCAGGGCCAGGGCUGUGUUUGAUAGGCUGUCUGAUAGAACGAUUGUUUCAUGGACUUCGAUUAUUUCAGGGUAUGCCCAGAAUAGCCAACCUUUAGAGGCUUUGAGGAUAUUCAGAGAGAUGAGACAAUUGAAUGUGGUACCAGACUGGAUUGCUCUUGUGAGUGUCCUUAAAGCUUACACUGAUGUUGAGGACUUGAAGCAGGGGAAGUCUGUCCAUGGUUUUGUCAUCAAAAUGGGGCUUGAAUUGGAAGCUGACUUGCUAAUUGCAUUUACAGCCAUGUAUGCAAAGUGUGGGGAAGUAAUGACUGCUAAAGCAUUGUUUGAUCAGAUGGAAAUGCCAAAUACAAUUCUAUGGAAUGCAAUGAUAUCUGGAUUUGCAAAGAAUGGUUAUGCAGAAGAAGCUGUGGAGCUCCUCCGUGGAAUGCUAUCCAAGAACAUUAGAUCAGAUUCCAUUACCAUACGCUCUGCAAUCUUAGCCUGUGCACAAGUGGGGUCUAUGGAAUUAGCAAGAUGGAUGGAUGAUUAUGUUGAGCAGACAGAGUAUAGAACUGAUGUUUUUGUCAACACUGCACUUAUUGACAUGUAUGCAAAAUGUGGUAGUAUAGAUUUUGCAAGGAGGGUAUUUGAUCGGACAGUAGAUAAAGAUGUUGUGGUUUGGAGUGCCAUGAUUGUAGGGUAUGGUUUACAUGGUCGAGGUCGAGAUGCUAUUCAACUUUUCCAUGAGAUGAAACAUGCAGGGAUAGAACCAAAUGAUGUCACCUUUAUUGGACUCCUCUCAGCCUGCAACCAUUCAGGACUUGUACAAGAGGGGUGGGAGCUUUUCCAUUGCAUGAAGCGAGACCAUAAGAUUGAGCCUCGGCACCAACACUAUGCUUGUGUGGUUGAUCUUCUUGGUCGUGCUGGGUAUUUGGAUGAAGCAUAUGAUUUUAUCAUGAACAUGCCAAUUGAACCAGGUAUAACUGUGUGGGGAGCACUGUUGAGUGCAUGCAAGGUCCACCGUCAUGUGCCAUUGGGAGAAUAUGCUGCGGAGCGUGUUUUCUCAAUUGACCCACUAAAUGCAGGGCACUACGUGCAGCUGUCAAAUCUUUAUGCUUCAGCCAGGAUGUGGGAUCAUGUAGCAAAGGUCAGGGUACUGAUUAGGGAAAAGGGGUUGAGUAAGGAUUUAGGAUAUAGUAUGAUUGAGGUCAAUGGUAAGCUUCAAGCAUUUCGUGUGGGAGACAAGUCACAUCCGAGGUCCAAGGAGAUCUUCUUGGAACUUGAGAAAUUGGAGAGGAGGUUGAAGGAGGCUGGUUUUGUUCCUGUAAUGGACUCUGUCUUGCAUGAUUUAAACUAUGAAGAAAAGGAGGAGACACUUUGUAACCAUAGUGAGAGGCUUGCAAUUGCUUAUGGGCUCAUUAGCACAGCUCCUGGUACAACUCUUAGGAUAACAAAGAACCUUCGUGCGUGUGUUAACUGUCAUUCAGCAACCAAGUUAAUAUCCAAGCUUGUUGAGAGAGAGAUAAUUGUUAGGGAUGCAAAUCGAUUUCAUCACUUCAAAGAUGGAUUUUGUUCUUGUGGAGAUUAUUGGUGAUUAGGUCUGCUGUACUGUACACAUCCACCAUAAGUUAUCUUCAGGAUUAGAUCAGCUUCAAACUUCUCAACGAAAUUUUCAUGCUUCAUUAAUUAAAUGACACAGUUACCAAGUUGAGAAAACUACAAAUUUCCGCUUUGUUAAUAUUUAUAUUUUUUUGGGGGCAUAACAUACCCGGCUUUCAAUGGUGGUGGGUCCAGAACUGGAACUGGCACCGGAGUGGGGUUAGGUGGUUCUGGUGGUGGGGGAGUGUUACAGUCCAUUUUAUUUUCUGUUAGCAGUUAAUUAGAUAAAGGAGAUGAUGUUAGAAGUUUGUUAGGUGAUGUCAGCAGUUUGUUAAGCUUGAACCAAAUUGUAUAAAAGCUGAAAAUCUCUUUGUACUGGGCAUGCAAAUUGUAAUACAAAUUCCUUCUCUCAAAUCCUCUCCCUCUCUCCUUUCUUCUUUUCCCUUUCCCUUUCUAAUCUUCAAAUCAAACUUAACUUCUUUGAAGCUCCAUUAUUCUUCAUGAGUUUCUUGAGCUAAGGCAGAGUGAUCUUCUCUAAAACUCUACAUCAGGGAGGAGGUCAUGCAGAUUUCAGAAUGAUCUUCGGGAUCGGCUGUGGCACACCACUCCCACCUUCCUUUUCCUAGAUCUAGAUGACCCUAUUUUCUGUUGCACUUGGAGAUGUGGGUCUUUUCCUAACCCUGGUGUGGUGUUUACUACCUCUCCUAUUUAGGAAUUUUUUCCUUGUCUCCUAAUCCUUCCCUUUAUUCCCUUUCUCUAGUUGGUUUUCCAUCUCCCCCUUUCUAUGGCAGAAGGUUUUCCCCCAAAUAUUAGUCCUCCAACUGAAAUACAAACGGAAGAAGACCCUUUCUAGCAAACUGCCUUGAUUUGCCAGAUUCUAACAAAACAGAAGAUUAAUCAUAUAGCCUUAGCCAGGUCCUUGUCUCAGAUUUGGAAUCCUUCAAAAGACAUCGAUUGGCGAUAAUUGUUAGUUCAUUUCAACCACAAGAAAGAUAUGCACAAAGUUCUGAAGAACAACCCUUGGAACUUUGUAAACCAGCUGACCCUCCUCCAAUCAGCCCAUUAGAACACUAAUGUGUCUUAGGUUUCUCUUUGAUUCUGUGAGUUUUGGAUGCACAUCUAUGGCCUCCUGUUUGGAGCUCUUAGAUCGGAGGUAGGUGUUCAUGCUAUUAGGUGUAUGGCCUCCAAGCAUACACAUAAUGAUUGUUCAUGAUUAUAUGUGAUUGAGUAUAGCCGUCAUAACAUAACGACAGCUACAAAGGAUCAUAUGUGGCGACAUCAACGGUCAGGUUGGCCUUUAUGUCUCUUGUGCUAGCUCCUGGAAUUUUGAUACAUAACAUCCCUCCUACCUUCAAAGUAGCCUUGUCCUCAAAUCUAGCAUUAGAUAAUUGCUUGGAGAGCUUCUCCCAAUGUUCCAUACCAAAUCUCCCUAACAUGAAAGUUGUGACAAGCACAAAGUUGGAUUUUUCUAUUCACAAAUUUUCCAAACUAGGGUUCAAGAACCCAACAAUAUAACAAGAGAAUAGCAAAAUCGCAUAGGAGAAAACUUUCUUAAUUUUCUCAAGAUUAGUUUUGGGAUUUGAACCAGGUCAUAUUAGAUUCAAAAACUAGAGAAGGGUUGGGACUUUACCUGAUAGAAGAGUCCUCACAAGUUCAAGAACAGUUUUGACGUUCACACCCAAGAAACCAAUCUCCUCUCUCUAGCAAUCCAAUCAAUGUAAAGAUGGUGCAACUUUUGGUAUUGGAGAGCAGAAUCCUUUGAGAUCACAGUAGUGUUUGCAAGACCAAAACACCUCUGAGAUCACAAGUUCAAGAACAGUUUUCUGUUGUUGUGUUGCUUUUGUUUAGUUGCAUUUGUCCUAUUUUAUAAUGAAGAUAUUGCUUACCCAAAAAAGUAAAAAACAGGAUUGUUCAAGUUUUUCAGGCAUUUGAUUGACAAGAAAAAGUAGCAGUUACUAACCUGACCAUCAAACCCACACCCUUCUCUCAUUUACAGGAACCUUGUCUACAUCCUGGACAGAUAAGAAUAGGGUCUAGUUCAGGUUGUCAAUUUUGGAAAUUAGGUAAUCAUGAAUUCAACCAAAUAGAGUAUUUUGUCACUAAUAAUAGGAAUCCGGUUAACUCAGCCAUGCUUGUCAGAUUUGAAUGGACAUUCUGCUGAUCAACCUAGGUAAUGCAUUAUUUUGUCACUAAAAAACAUAGCUUCUAUAAGCUGUAUCAAUUCAAACUUCAUUUUUAAGAAGGAAACAAGUUGAAUCCUUUUUAUCAAUUCAUCCUGUUGUUUUUUACAUUAUUGAUUCAGGAAGUUAUGGGUUUGAACAGUUUUUCUUUUCUUUCUUUUUUUUUUUGAAGGGGUUCUCAUAUUAUCACUAGCUGGAUAGGUUCUCAAUCAGAAGAUCCAUGAGUCAUUAUACACCUCUUGGAGGAAGAAAAGUAUUUUGGCUACCAGGUUGAACUUGCUCAGGUGGAUACCAAGAUUAGCUAGUACCAGUGGACAGUGGAUUGUGUCAGUCCAAUCCAGUCUAGGGUGAACAGUCCAAUAAGACAGUGGAUUGGACCAGUCCAAUCCGGUCCAGGUUGAACAUGUUGAAUAGUCCAAUAAGACAGUAGAUUGGAUUGGAUCAGUCCAAUCCAGUCCAGUUGAACAAUCUAAUAAGACAGUGGAUUGUACCAGCCUAUUGAACAGUCCGAUAAGACAAUGGAUUGGAUCAGUCCAAUCUAGUCCAGGUUCAACAAUUGGUCCAGUCCAGGUUGAACAGUCCAAUAAGAUAAUGGAUUGGACCAGUUCAAUAGAUAGUGGAUUGGACCAGUCCAAUCCAAUCCAGGCUGAGAUUCAAAUUGAUCUAAUUGGAAAUGGUAACUCAACUCAUGCUGAAUUGUCCUCUGUUAUAAAGGGUCUGAACCCGGUUAUCUCAUUAGGUUACUUAGAGCUUGAUUUUUAAGGGGAUUGAAGAGUUGUAAUUGGUUGAUUUAGGGACAGUCCAUUUGAUCCAUAAGCAUCACACGAGGGAAACAAGAUCCUCAGCAUCUGGACUGAACAUCUUGUUUGAAUGGAUCCCUAGGUGUGCAAGCUCCUUAGUUGACUCACUUGUGAGGAAAUGAGCUAGUGGACAUGAUUAUUGGGAUCCUGACUUAAGAGGUAGACAAUUGUAAAUUUGUAUUAGGACUGUCAAAUAAGUCAUCAAUGUAUAUAUCUUGUGACUUGCUGGCUCACUCUAAGCAUGUUCUCCUUAACAUUAUGCAAUAAAAGUUCUGAAUUGUUAAGUAGAAGCACAGUUAAAGAAAGAACUAACAAGUAUAAGAAUCAAAGAAACUCAUUUAUACUGCUAAUGCAAAAGAAAUAAAAAAGUAAGAUAAAUAUUCCACCAAAGGAGAAUUGUCUCUAAUAACUUGAUCUUCUAGAAGAAGCACCCUAACUUGAUCAAAUUAUAUGUAAAUCAUCACAUUUAGAAAUAAAAUAGUUGCAACUAAUUUAAUAAGAACGGAACAAAAUAAAUCUGAAUUACAUAUUCCUCUUGGGAUAUGUUGUUGGCUAUGUGAGUUCUGCAUUCUGUGUUGUAGAGCAGGGUGUCAUUACUGCUUGAUAUGCUUAACAGAUUAGUUCUUUUAGCUUUUUUUUUUUUUUAAUUUGAAAAUUAACUGUGCUUAAUCUGCUUUACCUGUACGCUAUGAGGUUUGGAGAUAUUCCUGCAUGGGCAGUUGAGCUUUCUGAAUCUAUUCAUAAAGCAAUUUGGUUUUGUGAUAUUUCUAAGUGUGGAGAUUCAUCAAUUUGUGAUCAGGAUAAGGAAAUAGUUUGCCCUUUUCCAUCAGAAUUAUUGUGGAGAGAGCCUUUCUUUGAUCAAUUAAUUGUAAAUGUAUACCAACCAGGUGAGGUGUGCAUUACCUCCUCUAUGAUGAAUUGAUGACAACAAUGACAUCAACAAUCUGAAUGAUAUAUAUGAUAUAUAUUUAUAUUUAUAUGUUCUUUAUAUACUUCUGUAGUAACUUGUUAAUCCAUAUUAUAUAUCUAUUGUGACUUUAGCUCUAUGGAUACCUCUUAUAUCAUAUGCGGUUAUGUCUACAAUGUUGUAUUACUAAUAAGGAACUAGAAUUAUGCGUCUGAUAAAAAAAUAACCAGAAUAAUAUCCAUAGUAGAAGAACUGGAUUAGAACUCUAUAUGCUACCCUUGGCAACAAUUUUAACCUUACAUGGAGAAAAUGUUCAAACCAUGUGCAUAUCUGAAACAAUGGAAAUCCUUCCUGGUAGAUGUCAAAAAAACCAGCUACCUCUUGAUCUUACCUUCCUGGAAAGCCAACUAAGCCGAUUUAUUAGUAGGAGGAGCUUUUUCUUUUUCCCAUAAAGCAAAGGAGGAUUUCACUCCAAAAAUGGUACUUUUGGGUUAACAAAGAAAAGAAAAAAGAAGGUAAAGCUUCUAGUCAAAACAGUGUUCUCAGACUUGGACUGCACAGAAAACGAGACCAGAAUGUUGAUGGAGUGAUGGGUCAUGGAGCUCAUGGAUUGGUUAACUAGUAACCAGUUCAAAAUUCAAGGGUCCAGACAUAGAUCAUGGGGGAGAUUCUACUAGCUUAUCUGAACUGUGCAGGUUUGGAUUGAAUCAAAUGGUUUAUUAGAUGUGAGUGUUGGUUAUUUCUUGUAACUUUGUGGUUUAAUUGGCUGAUAGAGUAGUCAAUGCAAAGUUCAUUUUCAAAUGGUAAAACAUAUUGUUUGAAGUUGGGUAGCUUGAAUAUUUUCCAUGCCCAUAACCCUGUGCCAACUGAUUAAUUAAGUAUCCCAUUAGACUGAAAUAGCAGCCAAAUACCAUAACUUGGUUCUAGAUUGAUUAUUAGGACAUUAAUCACUUUAGAGCUUCAUAUCAUUAAUAAAUGAUACAGGAGCACAUGUUUUCUGGUAUUGGUACGGCAAAAAUGCAUCUUGAGCUGUUAAUUUUGUAGCCUGAUCAGCUCUAUAAUUCUUUGUUUGUUUUGUUUUAAACUCGACAAUGAUAGCUAUUGACAUCUCUGUUAAACAAAACUUUGCUCAAAACCAUAAUGUGUGGACACUUGCACUUUGCAGCUCAAUUAAUUUGCAUCCAUCAAUAGCUGUGAUAAAAUCCAACCAUUUCUUUUCCCAUGAGAGACGCUACAAGAAAUUACAUUUCUAGCGGCAGUUUUCGGCCUGGCUAUUUGGCAGGUUCCGCUAGAAAUGCUGAUCUUUAGCGGCAGUUUUGCAGUUUUAAUCAACUGCCGCUAGAGACCAAAUGACUGUCGCUAAAAAUAGCGAGCUAACUUACUGCCCUCUCUCUCUCUCUCUCAUAGUUGUCCCUCUCUCGCUCAGUCAUUCUCUCCUCUCGCUCUCCCUCUCUCU